AUGAAACCUGCUCCUUUUGCAAAAAAUUCGGUGGCUUUCUAUAUUUGCCGACUGCCGCUCGCUGCUGUUUCGCAUGUAUUGAGAAUGCCCCUGAGCUACGCGUUAUCAGCAUGCCCGCCCUGUCGAAGCUCACAAAGCUAUCUGCCAAGCGUUUGA